CUUGGGAAACUGACACUGGGUGUCCCUACCCAACUGCUUCGAUCAUUGUGUACAAUGCAGACAUGUGGAUUUUGACUCCUGUCAUCAGCAGGUCUCAGAAUGUUGUGGCAGUAGAGAGGGACACAGGGUUUGCAGUCAGAGGAUGGUAGCAGCCCACGUGGUGUGGGGUGUCACAGUCUUCAUCUAUGUAUUGAACUUUUGAAAAUUUCUGGGAACCCCUGUGACACGCUGCCAAGGGAGGGUAGUACGCUUCUCACAAGUUACAGAUGGGGUCGGUAUCGUUUGAGGACGUAGCCGUGGACUUCACCUGGCAGGAGUGGCAGGAGCUGGACGCCGCCCAGAGGGCCCUGUACCGGGAUGUGAUGCUGGAGAACUACCACAGCCUGGUGUCACUGGAACAUUGCCUGAUCAAGCCUGAGUUAAUCUUCAAGUUGGAACAUGGAGUUGGGCCAUGGUGUGUAACAGAAGCCUCGUUCUGGAGCCUCCCAGUGACUGACCCAAUUGACACCAGCCAGGAAAAUCACAAGAGAUAUUUGUGGCAAGAUGGAAUCACCAAGGACAAAACUUUGAAUGAAGAACUGGUUGAAACUGAACUAAAAGUGCAUCAGAAAAUCUACCAAGGAAUACAAUGUUAUGAAGGCAAUGCAUGCAUGAGGAUGUGUUGCCAAGAGUCACAGCACCCAAGGGAUUUGAUGUCUCACACAUACAAACAGGCUUUGUAUUACAACUCAUCUCUCAUUAAAUGUCAUAGUUAUACAGGUACGAAGACCUACAGAUGUAGGGAAUGUGGGAAUGGUUUCUGUGACAGGUCAGAACUCACUAAACAUCAGAGAAAUCAUGCUGGUGAGAAGCCCUUCAAAUGUAGUGAAUGUGGGAAAUCUUUCACUCGUAAAAUGUACCUUGCUCGGCAUCAGCGAACUCAUACAGGAGAGAAGCCCUAUGAAUGUGCAGAAUGUGCAAAAGCUUUCACUUGCAAGGUGUACCUCACUGUUCAUGAGAGAUGCCAUGCGGGUGAGAAGCCCUACGGAUGUACAGAAUGUGGGAAGGCUUUCACCCGUAAGGUGCACCUCACUCGACAUCAGAGAACUCAUACAGGGGAGAAGCCUUAUGUAUGUACCCAAUGUGGGAAGGCUUUCACCCGUAAGGUGCAUCUCACUCGACAUCAGAGAACUCAUACGGGAGAGAAACCCUAUGAAUGUACAGAAUGUGGGAAAGCUUUCUAUUAUAAGGCACAGCUCAUUGUUCAUGAGAGGAUUCAUACAUGUGAGAAACACUAUGAAUGUCCAGAAUGUGGGAAAGCUUACUCCAGCAAAAUAAACCUCACUCAACAUGAGAGAGUUCAUAGAGGUGAGAAGCUCUAUGAAUGUGCAGAAUGUGGGAAAGCUUAUACCAGCAAAGGAAACCUCACUCAACAUCAGAGAACUCAUACAGGGGAGAAGCCAUAUGAGUGUACAGAAUGUGGGAAAGCUUUCAUUCGCAAAGGAGACCUUAUUAAACAUCAGAGAACUCAUACAGGGGAGAAGCCAUAUGAAUGUACAGACUGUAGGAAAGCUUUUACUCGCAAGGUGAGCCUCACUCGACAUCAGAGAACUCAUACAGGGGAGAAGCCUUAUGAGUGUAAAGAAUGUGCGAAAGCUUUCACUCGGAAUGUCCACCUCACUGUUCAUAAAAGAACUCAUUGGGUGAGAAGCUCUGUGAAUAUAUUGAGUGAGGGAAAGAUUGUACCCACAUAAAGCAAAUAACACCACCAGUAAAAUACCCAAACCAUUACUCUAUAUUAGAGAACUGAUGGGUGAUGGGCCUUAUUAGAAUGUAUCAUAUUGAAAUUUUUCUACUCUUAAGUCACAGCCCAGCAAAGGUUAUAAAGCACAAGGGUAUAAUUUGGUAAAAUGUCCUUCAAGUUUAUAUCAUCAAAAACUCCUAUCAAUUUGAGAAUUACAGAAGAGGAAUUCAGUUACAUUCCCAGAUUAGGAUGCUUCAAACCACUUUUGAAAUUGGGAACCUGUUUGAAAUUUUAAAAAUUGGUUGGACUUAGGAUAUUACUCAGCAGUUUGCUUUGUGAAUUUUAUGUUAUGUGAGCAUAUGUGAAAGUUUUACUAUGUGAUCUAUUUAUUUAUUUAUUUAUUUUGUUUUUUGAUAUUGAACAUUUAUGUCUAUAAGUAAGUUGUAAGUAUAAGCAAUUGUAGAUAAAUUGCUGCAAAUUUAGAAUGUCUCAUUGAAUGGUGAUAUUUGUUAUACUGUAGUCAGUGAAAAAUAUUCAUAAUUAUUUUUGAAACAAUACAUGUGCAGUCUUUGAACUUACAUUGUAUUUCAUGCUGUUCUCAUAUUCAUGAUCUUCCUUCAUCCUCUGGAUUCAUUGGAUUAAAGAUAAAUUUCUUAAAA